AUGUUCCCACUUAUUCAAGAAUGGCGCGCAAUCAGCAGUAAAUAUCCCGAUCUCGGAGUAUACGCGUAUUCUGAGAGGAGCACGUAUGCAGACCAGACUGAUGCUCUUGGUGAUGUCAUUUGGCAGACGCUUUAUUCGGAAGUAAUCUGUAUGGGCAUCUCGUUCAUCAUCUUUAUUCCGGAUAUGGUCUCUAUCUUUGCUGGCAUGUUCAGUCUGCUGAGUGUCAAUCUGGGGGUCUUCGGAUUCCUCUCUUUAUGGGGUGUCGGUAUCAACCCUGUCUCUAUGGCUUCUCUUCUCAUGUCAAUCGGAUUCAGCGUCGACAUAUCAGCUCAUAUCAGUUAUCACUAUUACCAAGUGAAAGCACCGACACCUCUCGAAAAAUUAGAAGAUGCUUUUUUGAACAUUGGAUGGCCAACGAUGCAAGGUGGAUUGAGCACGUUCUUCGCGAUGUUGCCGGUCUUAAUAAAGCCGAGCUACCUGGGAAUGGUAUUCCUUAAGAGUUACGUCGGUGUUCUACAUGAAGAUCCACAAAACUGA